AUGGCGAGUACAUCGAAUGUCAAGAAAUCAUCCACUCAACGUAGUUCGCAGAGCUCGAAUUACAAUGACCAUCAAUCACAACCACGUCAAAUUUUACCAAUGUCACGGCAAUCGACUCAGAGCAGGGCAUAUUCACAGGCUCUUCAGCCUCAAGUAAUUGUUCCGACACAGUAUGAUGAUAUUACGUCAAAUAACGUGUCCUCAUCAAAGGAUUUGACAUCUUCAAUGCAUUUCUUUAAUAUGGAAUAUGGAAAUUAUCAAACAAGUUAUUUCGGUCCGGUUCAACUCUAUUCUACAUCCUUUAGUAAUUCACUACAUCAUUAUCAGCAGAUACGGUCUUCACAAAUGGAUCAGACUUUAGCUUCUAUAUUUUGCUCUGAAUGUUUUAGUAAUGUUAGGAAUACUUCGGUUACCACCGAUACAAAUUUCUUACAAUCCAUUUGUAAACAAUGCAAGGACAAGUAUUCGGCUUUCAAAUUCGCCAAUCCUAACCUUGCUGCUUUGAUUCAGCAAUCCAUUCGUGCUGUCUCUGGUAACAUGAAUCAUCCCAUGUCAGUUUCUGCUAGAUCUCAUUCAAUGUCAAAUCAGAUUAAUCGGUCUUUACCACUCGUGGUUCCAACUCAACAAUCCACGCCUUUAGACCAAUACCCUAUGACCUCUCAUUCUACUGAUUCUCAAUCUGAUUUAUCAAUUGAUUAUCAAACUGAUCGUUCAAUUUCUAACGGUCAUAAUAAUGGUGUUGUGAACGAUGUCUUCUUCUCUGACCCAAUGAUUAAUGAUACCAUAGAUCAACAUCUUUAUUUUGAUAGUGAUGCUUCUUCUGAUACGGACAUUUUAACUCCUAAUCCUCAUUAUUCGCCUAAUCUUUCUCCCAUUGAAUUGGAUGAUGAUGGCUCAAUCUGGAAUCUUAUUUACGAGGAUGAAUUCGAUGAUCCAAAGGAAAAAAUCCCUCAAUCUCCUGUUAAUCUCUCUUCUUCCUCGGAGACUUUUAUUUCUUCAUCUUCGUCUUUAACUCCAGUAUCGUCUUCCGUUCCUGAUGUGGUUUCGUCUUCUGUCUCGCAGUCUCAAUCGUCAAUUAUCUCAUCCGAUGAAAUGAACUCUUCGAAUUCUAUGAAUACAAUUAAUCCUUCAUUGAUUUCAUCUACUUCAAAUAAUUUCUCUAUUGGUUAUGAUGUUGAUAAUAAUCACGCAAGUGGUAGUACUACCCCUUUAACUGUUACCAUUGAUCCAAAGUUCAUCACUGCCAUAGAUUCUUCGUCUUUCAUUCAGUCAAAUAAUCGUAAUAAUAAACCUACUCCGGUUAUAAUUAAUCCAAAUUACAUUGAAUUUGGUGAUAAUAUACCGAGUCCUCCUCUUCAAACUCCCGAGUUAGUAAGCGACAAUAGUCUUAAACGAAGAAUGUCUUAUGCUUCGUCUUCGGAUGAUGAUUUUUCUGACUCGGCAUCUACUGAGAAACAAGCAGAUAAAAAAUUUCGUGUAGAUGUUCAAAAAGUUAUUAAAGUCAAUAAUAAAAAACGUGAUUCUUUGAUUGUUGACGAAAAAAACUAUGAGACCGAUGAGGAUUUAUCUUCUAAUGACAAUCCUCAAAGUAAUGAUGAUUAUUCGAUGUCCGAUGAUAUAAUGGUUGACGAAGUUCGCGAAGUUCAUGAAGCUAGCGAUGGCAUCACUGACGAAUAUCAAGAUAGUACUGAUACUAUUUAUUCUGACGAUACUGACGAGGAUGAUGACGAAGAAUAUCGCCCAUCUGUGAGCAAUAAAAAGGCUCGUACUGGUAGAAAGAAUUCAAAGUCCCAAUCAAAACCAAAAUUAUUACCAUUAAAGCCCCUUCCUUUAGUAAGAAGCGGGAUGAAGUCUAAGUCAGUCCCUAGACCAAAGAACAAAUCUAAAAAUAUGUCCAAUAAACGAUCUAGCAAGGCUUCUACACCUACCGCUUCGGUCGCGGAUAGUCCGGUCCCAACAACCAUCGUGUUACCAAUAGAGAAACCUCAAGAAUCAGAAGUUCUUGAAUUGACAUCUCCUCGUUCUACAAAGUCUCCUACCGUCUUUGAGACUUUGACAAAGUCUGGUAUUGAUUGGUGUAGAUAUUGUGGUACUACCGAGGGUGUCAACUGGAGACCUGGUCCUUGGGGAAAGCGAACUUUGUGCAACAAACAUGGUUGUGAUUAUAAAGGUUACGGAUUCGCAUGCAAACUUCCACGAUUGGACUUGAAAGAUUUUAUUAAUGAGACCAUUGAGGAGCGUGAACGUCCGGUCUUGCAACUUUUUUGCACAAUAUGCCAGAAACAAGAUUCUUUCGUUAAUAAUGUUCUUGUUCGAUGUGAAGGUUGUCCUAAAGCAUUUCAUCAAAAGUGCUAUACGUCUUGCAUUGAUGAUGAAAUUGUAAAAGGUACCGAAGCUUGGUAUUGUGAAAAAGGCUGCCAGGAAAAUUUGCGAAGAAAACGAAUAGUUGUUGAACUUCCCCGUAAAAGAUUACCUCUCAUGUCUACUCCGAAAGUCCAAGCAUCUACGUCGAUCACAGAUUCAACAUCUGUACUCAAUUCUGGUACUGCAUCACGUCCUCGAACUUCUCAUCGAACAAUUGUCCUUGCUCUAGUAGCAGGUGUUACCCCCGAAAUGUCACAUAUUUUACGUCUAACUAGACUUGAGUUUAUACUAUUUUCUACUAUCAUGUCUUGUAAGACGGUGUAA